AUGGCGCCAAAAAAACGGCUGCCGCGGAAAACACAAACAUUAAUCGGACAGCCAAACUUGGAAGAGGCUGCAGCAGAACGUAUAGACGCCAUCACCGCUGAGCCACUGCAUGCAAAAAAGUAUGUGGAGAUCAUGAGUCCUGAUGGAACACUUCGUCUGUUCUACAACACCUCCACGCUUAUCCGCAUUGCAACUGAUAGAGGAAUGUUUAUGCAGCCCCCGCAUUUCCGCGAACCAAUGACAGUCUCACUUCAGCGUGAGGUUGAGGAUAUUGAGGGGCGACGAUUCCACUUUGAAAAGAGUAAUGUAAUUCUUGAAAGUAAUACAGAUGAAUCUGCUGGUGGUCUCCACGUUCUUCACAGACAUGUUUACUUUGAUCAAAUUAUGGACGAGUUUUAUCUUCUUAAUCCCACAGAGCUGUAUGUAUGUCCAUCAUGCUAUCUUCACUGGGUGAGUACUCGCUUUCUACCCCAUAUGGAUGCCACUCGGCAGCGUGUUGAUUACAUUGAUGACGAUCCAAACCCUGUAUUAGACCCCCUUGACGUGCUUGCACACGUGCAGGGAUCCGCCACGGCUGAAGUAGAGAAUAACGAGACAAAUGAUAAUGAAGGUGAAGAGAUUGAACGAGUUCCGCUUACAAUUCCAUCCGCAAACGAAUUACCUGAUUGGGAUUCACCAUUGGUUCAUAUGGUGUUUCGUCGCGCAGUUGAUUGGAGGAAGCAUGUACGUCUUCACCAUAAUAAUACAAGCACAUCUGCCGCCGAUUACCGUUUAAAGGCAUUUUUAACAGAAUAUAUAUCGAAGUACAAUCGACUUUCAAAUGAGAAGCAGAGAAGGAGAGGUCAGAGUGAAGGUAUUAAUAUUACCAUAGGAGGGCCUACGUUAACAGUCUCACGCUACUGGUAUGUCAAUGCGCGAUAUAAUCGUUUACGUUAUAACAGAAUUGUUGAGACCGUAGAGCGUGCGGAACCGUAUAUUGAUGAUUGUGUGACUCGUAUGGCCUUUAACAAUGAGGAAGUAAUGAACACAUUUCACUCAAACGAUGCAGACAGUUCGGAAAGUGAUUUCAUUUGUGACUCGGAGAGUGAUGAUAGUAGUAGCUCUAGUAAUGAUGAUAAUGGAUCCCAGCACAACGAGGGUUCACCAAGCUCCAGUGAGGCGGAGGAAACAGAAGAAGUAAAAAGAGGUAGGAAGCGCCUGCGUGAGAAUACUAGCUCCAGCAACUCUAAUAGCAGUAGCAGUUCUUCUUUGGAGAUCAUGGCGGGAAGUGAUAGUGAUGAUAGUGAUUCGGGAGGCGAAGGAGAUGCAAGUGAGCAACAGCGUAAACUAUAUAAAAGCGGUAUACUGGCCCCACAUACUGGUUUCUACAGUGACCUUUCUUACGAGGAGCGCUGCGUGAUAAAUGCGAAUUCUAGGCGUGUAUUCAAACCAACAUCGCUCUACAUGCCAACAGUGGAGGAGGAGGAGAGUGACGAUGAUGAAGGACAGAUUGACUGGAGCCAGUUUGGUGGCACAAUAGAGAAUGCCACUGUAUAUGUGCGAGACAUGCAACAACGGCAAUGCGCUUCUACUGCUGCUCAAUCAAAUGAAAACCGCCCGAAGACGUCAGAGGCGAAUGCGCCUGUAUCGAUCACUGCAGAGAUUUCACGCACUGGAGAUCCUAAACGAAGUGAAACAGCAGUAAGUGAAGUGGGAAGAACAGAACGCACAGCCAGUUCAAAUAGACAACAACAACAGCAGCGCUUGCUUUUGGAUGAUUCAGAUUAA